AGUCUCACUCCAACCUGGUGUCAACGUCGUGCAGAAUCUGUGUUGAAGGUCGUCAAAGGUUCCCUAAUGGAGUCUUCAGGCGUGAAAAGUGGCAGCGGCUCGCUCAAGACCCUCAUCUUCCUCAUUCCGCCCUCAGCGUCUUCCCAACUUAGCGUCUUCGAGUCUCUCUCUGCCCUCAUAAACUCCACCUUUCAGCAGACAACUCCCAUUGUCGUGGAUGUUAACGGUGCUUAG